AUGGACACCUCGCAACUACGUAAUCUUCCCAGCGUCGAACGCGUCGUAAACAGUUCGGACCUUACCCAUGAGGUAACCACCUACGGGCGCGAUUGGCUCGUUGGGUUGGCUCGCCGGGCGGUGGAUGAUGCCAGGCAACUGGUCAUGAGCGGCGCUGCCGCACCCCAGCUCGAUGCCAUCUGUCGCUCGGUGAAAGACGCGGUUCAAGAACUGGUUACGCCUUCACCCCGACCCGUCAUAAACGCCACCGGCGUGGUGAUUCACACCAACUUGGGGCGCGCCCCCCUUAGCCGAGCUGCCCUGGCCGCCGCCGACGCCGCCGGUAGAGGGUACUCAGACCUGGAAAUCGACCUGGCCACCGGCCGCCGGGGUUCGCGGCAGGCGCACCUGCAAUCCCUGCUCCAACAAAUUAACGGCGCCGAGGCCGCCCUCGUAGUCAACAACAACGCAUCGGCCCUGUUGCUGGGGUUGUCUGCAUUGGCGUCCGGACGCGAGGUCGUGGUCUCCAGGGGCAGAGGCGCAGUGGCGGAGAUCGGCGCUGGCGGUGGUUCACGAUUACCGAUGUCCUCGUCUCAGUCAAUAGCGGGCUGCCACCUGGUGGACGUGGGGACGACCAACCGCACUUACGUUCGCGAUUAUGCCGAUGCCGCCACCGAAAACACUGGAGCAUUUCUGAAAGCCCAUGCCAGUAAUUUCCGGGUGGAAGGGUUCACGGCCGCGGUGGGCGAACGCGAGUUGGUGGAAUUGGGCAACCGCUCCGGCGUUCCGGUGUUGCACGACGUGGGUAGCGGGUCGUUGUUGCCCACUGAACGCUACGGGUUGGCUCACGAGCCCACUCCCCAGGAAAGCAUCGCCGCCGGUGUGGGACUGGUGUUCUUCUCCGGAGACAAGCUGCUCGGCGGGCCCCAGGCCGGCAUAGUCGUCGGUAAACGCGACCUGGUCAGCCGCCUGGAGCGACAUCCCCUCGCCCGUGCGGUUCGAAUCGACAAGAUGAGCCUUGCCAGCCUGACGGCAACCCUC